GCAUUUGCAUUUUGCAGAUUUGUCAAAAAGCUGGUGAAGAGAAGGGUGUAUAGUGGUGGUUUUUAAUAUUAUUUAUUGUAUAUCUUAAUUUUAAGUUUAUUAGGGGAUAAUGAUAAUGCAAGAUGAUGUCUGAUCAGUUUAGAAAGGUGGAACCAUACUCGCCAAAGUCCUCGCCGAGGGGCGGUAGGUCGCCCGUGGUCUCUCGGCAGGACUCCUCUGGCACCCUCAAGACUACCAUUCAGCUCGGCAAAAACCCUUCUAUCGUACACAGUGGACCUUUUUAUUUGAUGAAAGAACCUCCUGGAGAAUGUGAACUCACUGGAGCUACAAACCUAAUGGCAUAUUAUGGUCUUGAGCAUUCAUAUAGUAAAUUUAAUGGAAAGAAGCUCAAAGAAUCUUUAUCCUCCUUUUUACCAAAUCUACCAGGCAUCGUGGAUGGGCCGGGGCAAGAAGACAACAGUACCCUGGGCUCGGUAAUAGCCAAGAGGCCUAUAGGUGGCAAGGAGCUGUUGCCGCUCACCAGUGCACAGUUAGCAGGCUUCCGACUGCAUCCUGGGCCUCUGCCUGAACAGUACCGCUAUGUUAGUUCCACUCCACCAAAGAGGCAUAAGAGCAAACACAAGAAACAUAAACAUAAGGAUGGGGCACCGCCUGGUCAAGAUACUCCAUUGCAAGACUCUUCCAACCCAGACACUUAUGAAAAGAAGCACAAAAAGCAGAAGCGCCACGACGACGACGCCAAGGAGCGCAAGAAGAGGAAAAAGGAAAAGAAACGGAAAAAGCAGAAACACAGCCCCGAGCACGGCAACCUCACGCCCAGCCAACAUGCCACAUAGGCGGUUCCAAGCAUUAUAUGGAAAUGUUUUUAGGUCUGAUAUUUUAUACAGCAAUUGCCAUCCCACACAAUUUUAAAUUAGGGUUCUGAAUUU